AUGUUGAGAUCGUCCCUCGUAGUGCUUGUCGGCCUGGCCACGGUCGGCCUCACGGCGCCCGCCCCGCCUGCGCCGACACCCGUCGCGACAGCGGCGCCAGCGAAGCGUGUCGCCAACGGCGUCGCGGCGCGCGCCCCGGAGCCCACGCCGCCGGCGCAGGGCGGCCUCACCCAGCGCGGCAUAGGCGACGACGUCAAGAGCUACGUUGAUGGGCUCAUCAGUGACGUGGGCAGCAAGGUCUCGUCGUUUGUCAACUCGGGGAUCCUCGACUUCCCCAACGGGUUCCCCACCGGGUCGCAGGUCGAGAAAUCGGCGGGCGUGUCCAAGACGGACCUGGACGCGCAGCCGACGCAGGUGCUCAACCUCCCAGCCUAUGCGAACUGGACCAACAAGGGCUGGAACGUCCGCGUCCACGGAAACGUCUACAAGGUCCCCAACAUCACGCAGAAGAAGAUUGACGACCUCGCCAACGUCUUCCUCAUCGACACGAGCGUCGACAAGCUGUCGCCCUCGGAGCAGGACCAGGCGCGCAACCUGACGCGGUCCAUCUUCGUCGUGCAGCAGGGCAGCGAGAAUGUCACCAUUGACUUUGUCAACGACGUGUCGGUGCGACCCAACGCGACGGGCGGCGCCGUCAAUGCUGAAGGCGGCGCGCAAACCAUUAAACUGCCGUACAAGACGACAGUGGAAGGCGACUUUGACGUCUUCCUCGAGCUUCGGAACACGACGGGGCCAAAGGGCGGCCACCUGAUUCCCGGCAACGAAACGGCCCAUAUCCAGACGCUCAACAUGUAUGCCAACGGCACCAACAGCGGCAACGCGACGGCCUACCUCGUGCCGCCGACCGGCAUGACCGUCAUCUCGGACAUUGAUGACAUCCUCCGUGUCACCAAGAUCUACCAGCCCAAGGAGGGCCUGCUCAACACGUUUGCGCGGCCUUUCACGCCUUGGAUGAACAUGCCCGACGUCUACGCAAACUGGUCAGCGUCCAUUGACAACAUGCACUUCCACUACCUCACCACCACGCCCGAACAGGCGACGCGCAACUACAUGGACUUCAUCUAUAAGACGUAUCCGCUCGGAUCUUUCGACACGCGGCCGCUCAACUUCUCCGACCUGUCGGCAACGCUGCAAAUCCGGAGGUUCCUGCUCGACAAGAUAUUCCAGACGUUCCCCCAAAGGAAGUUCGUCUUGGUUGCCGACACUUCAAACAGCGACGUGAUGAAGGCGUACCCUGCGCUCUACAAGGACUACCCAGGCCAGGUCCAGUGCAUCUUGCUGCGCAACACGAGCUCGACGGACUCGGGCGACAAGUUCCCGUACGACACGUCAGGAUUCAAGGACAUUCCGCAGGAACGAUACAUGUUCUUCAAAGUACCCAACGACCUGAGCCGCCUUGAUAUUGCCAACGGGCAUUGUCUAAACGGCACCAUUCCGCAGAACGUGACGUUCAAGGAACAAGGCCUGCCCUUUGGGCUUGGUCAAGACAGCGGGGCGGCCCGGUAUGGCUCGGCCCCGUCGAUCUCUGUGAUCGCAGCUGUGCUGGCCGCGGCCAUUGGGGCAGCUUUGAUGUGA